CCGAACUCAGGCUCGAACCCAGGCCCCAACCCAGGCCCGCCGUCCUUCCUCCCUCCCGCCCGCCCGCCGCCAUGUCGGGCUUCAGCCCCGAGCUCAUCGACUACCUGGAGGGCAAGAUUUCCUUCGAAGAGUUCGAGCGGCGCAGGGAGGAGCGAAAAACGCCCCACAGAAAAGCCGCGCAGGAGAGAGGGAAAGCGGCUCCCGAGGGGACCCCCGCCGCCGCCCAGCCGGAGACCCCGUCUUCCUCCUCAUCCUCCGGAAAGGCGCCCGCCGAACCCCGCGGCCCGGAGAGCGGGGAAGGAGAGACGGCCGACGGCAUCAGCAAGUCUGUGCAGCGCGUCUUCGCCUCCAUGAUUGGCGAGAGCGAAGACAGGGAGGAAGAGGACGAGGACGAGGAGGAGGAGGAAGAGGAGGAGGAGGAGGAGGAGGAGGAGGAGGAGGAGGAGGAGGCCGCCCGGCAGCCGACGGCCGGAGACGUGUUCGUGCUGGAGAUGGUGCUGAACCGGGAGACCAAGAAGAUGAUGAAGGAGAAGAGGCCCCGGAGCAAGCUCCCGCGGGCGCUUCGCGGCCUCAUGGGCGAGGCCAACAUCCGCUUCGCGCGUGGAGAGCGGGACGAGGCCGUCGUCAUGUGCAUGGAGAUCAUCAGACAAGCUCCGCUGGCCCACGAGCCCUUCUCCACGCUGGCCAUGAUCUACGAGGACCAGGGGGACGUGGAGAAGUCGCUGCAGUUCGAGCUGAUCGCCGCCCACCUGAACCCCAGCGACACGGAGGAGUGGGUCCGCCUGGCCGAGAUGUCCCUGGAGCAGGACAACGUCAAGCAGGCCAUCUUCUGCUACACCAAAGCGCUGAAGUACGACGCGGCCAACGUGCGCUUCCUCUGGGAGCGGUCCAGCCUGUACGAGCAGAUGGGCGAGCACAAGCUGGCCAUGGACGGCUACCGCCGGGUCCUCGCCCUCCUGUCCCCGCUGGACGGCGAGCGCUUCAUGCAGCUGGCCAGGGACAUGGCCAAGAGCUAUUACGAAGCCAACGACGUCGCUUCGGCCAUCAACGUCGUCGAAGAGGCGUUCUCCAAGCACCGCGGCCUCGUCUCCAUGGAAGACGUCAACAUCGCGGCCGAGCUCUACACGGCCAACAAGCAGUUUGACAAGGCACUGGAGGUCAUCACCGAUUUUUCCGGCAUCGUCCUGGAGAAGAGCGCGGCUGGGGAAGGCCCGCCGGAGGACGGCGGAGAGAAGGUGACGUGCACGGUCCCGGAAGGGGUCCCCAUGGACAUCACCGUGAAGCUGAUGGUCUGCCUGGUCCACCUCCACAUCCUGGAGCCGCUCAACCCGCUCCUGACCGGCCUGGUGGAGCAGAACCCGGAGGACAUGGGAGACCUGUACCUGGACGUGGCGGAGGCCUUCCUGGACGUGGGCGAGUACGGCUCGGCCCUGCCGCUCCUCAGCGCGCUGGUCUGCUCCGAGCGCUACAACCUGGCCGUCGUCUGGCUGCGCCACGCCGAGUGCCUGAAGGCCCUGGGGCACAUGGAGAGCGCCGCCCAGAGCUACGCCAAGGUGGUGGGCCUGGCCCCGCUUCACCUGGACGCCCGCAUCGCCCUGUCCACGCUCCAGCAGCAGCUCGGACGCCCCGACAAGGCGCUGGAGGCCCUGGAGCCCAUGUACGACCCGGACACCCUGGCCCAGGACGCCAACGCCGCCCAGCAGGAGCUGAAGCUGUUGCUGCACCGGUCCACCCUGCUCUACUCCCAAGGCAAGAUGAGCGGCUACGUGGACACCCUGCUGACCAUGCUGGCCAUGCUUUUAAAGGUCGCCAUGAACAGAGCCCAGGUCUGCCUGAUCUCCAGCUCCAAGUCGGGGGAGAGGCACCUCUACCUCAUCAAGGUGUCGCGGGACAAGAUCUCGGGUAACGACGACCAGGAGACGGCCAACUGCGACGCCAAAGCCGUCCUGGCGGUGCUGAGCGGCGUCCUGACGAAGGAGGACUGGUGGAACGUGGUGCUGAAGGCGGUGGACGCCCUGUGCGAGCUGGCCCGCUACCAGGAGGCCGAGCUGCUGGUGGACUCGUCCCUGGAGUACUACUCCUUCUACGACGACCGGCAGAAGCGCCGAGAGCUGGAGCACCUGGGCCUGUCCGCCGCCAUCCUGGACAACAACUUCCGCAAGGCCUACAACUACAUCAGGAUCAUGGUGAUGGAGAACGUGAACAGGCCGCAGCUGUGGAACGUCUUCAACCAGGUGACGAUGCACUCGCAGGACGUGCGGCAUCACCGCUUCUGCCUCCGCCUGAUGCUCAAACACCCCGACAACCACGCCCUCUGCGUCCUCAACGGCCACAACGCCUUCGUGUCCGGCAGCUUCAAGCACGCGCUCGGCCAGUACGUGCAGGCCUUCCGGGCGCACCCUAGCGACCCGCUCUACAGCCUGUGCAUCGGCCUGACCUUCGUGCACAUGGCCUCCCAGAAGUACGUGCUGAAGAGGCACGCGCUCAUCGUGCAGGGCUUCUCCUUCCUCCACCGCUACCUGAACCUGCGCGGGCCUUGCCAGGAGGCCUUCUACAACCUGGGCCGCGCCCUCCACCAGCUGGGCCUGCAGCACGCCGCCGUCCAUUACUACCGCAAGGCGCUGGACCUGCCGCCCGUCGUCGUCCGGGGCAUGGAUCCCGACCAGGUGGACCUGCGCCGAGACGUGGCCUACAACCUCGCCCUCAUCUACCAGAACAGCGGGAACCUGGGCCUGGCCCGCCGGCUCCUCUACACCUGGGGCUCCGUGUGACGCGGUUCGCCGAGGGCCCCGACCCCGGGGCCCGGCUCUACCCGGGGACCUCCGGACCGGUUCCCCGGUCGGGCCUCGGGCGGCAGGCGGGUCGGCCCGGUCUUUCCGGACAGGAG